AAAAGCAUCAACCCAACGAAAGCGCCCAAUCAACCUACCAUACCAUCACUCACCAUGGCAAUUGAAGUCGUCGCUAUCCUUACCCCUCUCCCGGGCAAGAAGCAGGAGGUCAUCGACGGGCUCAAGGUCCUCGCCGACGCGGUCCAAGCCAACGAGCCCAAUUGCGAACGCUAUCAACUCUCCGAGGUGGCCGGGGAGGACGAGCUCGUCUUCAUCGAGAAGUACGCCUCCGAAGCCGAUUACGAGACCCACCGAAACUCGGAGCAUUACAAGGCAGCCAUGGCGGAGGCCGCGAAGCAGAGCGCGCUCGCUGGCGCACCGAAGAUCAGCGUCCUGAAGCCGACCGGCACGGGGUUCAACCGCAAGGAUUAGAGGGUGGUUUCGGCCCGUCGACUUGAAUCGGGAGGACUUUCUUCGAUUCAUGGCCAGAAAAGCGGAUGAUAUAUAGUAUAUUAAACACGACUGGAUAUGAAAAUUGAAAAGUUUGAUCAGCCAGC